CGGUCUUUCAAUACCGCUGAACGUUCAGGAUGAGUGAAAGGAACCCGGCGAAACGUUCUGAUAGCAAGGGUUUGAGACGGAGCAAUCUGAUUUCCCUGCUAGGCUUGCGUGGAAAGGCCAAUAACUAUGACGCCGACUCCUAGCGAGAUUGAUGAGCGACACCGCCCGUGACCCCAAUGCAUCUCGGCCAUCCUGCAGCUCCUGUUCAUGGAGAGGACUGCGGGUGUUCAACUUGCUUUGUAAUGAGCGAGGGUGCCUUGUCUUGAGGUUGCGCCCCACUUCUCAAGAAACACAUCCGGGUCUCAAGAGAUGGACCAGUCCUUGUCUGCGUCGGGUCCUAGUGCCAUGCUGUUUGCAUGGUACGCGACUGGUUUUGCUCAGUUUGCGUCCUUGGCACUCAUGCUGUACGAUAUUGUUACAAAGAUGGAUGAAGAGGUCCAGCAUUUCUGGAAACCUGACUACAGGAAUGCGACACCUCUAUACUUUUUGACCCGAUAUACUGGGCCUGUUGCGAUCGCUCUGUGCUUAUGUGGCUAUUUUGUUGAUGUUAAUCGAGAAGCAGGUACUUCAUUCGGAUGGAUCCGUUCACUGUCCGGCUAUACUGGCGUACUGCUAACUGAUAUAGUCGUCCUACUGAAAGUAAUUGCUCUCUAUGUAGGAAACAAGAAACUGAGUAAUAUAUUGGCCGUUAUCAUCGUCGUCCAAUCUGGCGCUUUACUGGGUAUACUAUUAUUUCUACAAAUCCAUACUAAUUAUGUAACGCAGGUAAU